AGCUUAAUCCAAAAGGAGUUCCCAGGGUUCUUCAGUCCAGGUUCAGUCUCCCUCUGGCGUUGGUGUGUGUCCCUACCUCUCCGGCCAAAACCACCAAGUUUAAGAUCACCGUGGAUACCAACCAGCCUCCAGUCGAUCUCAGCGUCCUCUUCCCAGAGUUUUCAACAAAAUCUGAAGAUAAGGAGGGGAAUAGUUUGGCUUUCCAGUUCCUGGCGGGAGCCAAUGUGACCGUGGUAGCUUCAAAGACCUCCCAGCGUUACCGUAUUCAGAGCGACCGUUUUGAGGACACGUGGUUGGUGGUGAAUGAGCUGGUGCAGAGAUUCGAUCAGCAUUUCUCCACACUGGGAGUGCAAGACUUCAAGAAGAGCUUCAGUGGACCGCUCCCCCUGCAGGAGUACUUCCUGUCUGUAGACCACCACUUCCAGCUGCGUGUCAGUGCUCAGCAGUACCAGGAUCUGCUGUCUGAGCGGGCCGUCCAGUUCAGAGCCAUCCAGCGCCGCCUGCUGACCCGAUUCAAAGACAAGACCCCGGCCCCCCUCCAGAACCUGGACACACUGCUGGACGCCACAUACAGCCAG